AUGAAAACGAGUCUCCCGCCUCCUCUUAUUGCAGAGGAAACCUCCUCCGACGGACUCAGCUACGAAGAGAAGCUUCGGCAGGCAUACGCCGCGGGGGAAACAAAACGACCGCAGUACCUCUCAGCCUCGCUUCGUGAUCUCUUCGAAGUGACGCUCAACCGCGAGCUUCUGCUGUUCCGAAAUGAAGAAACGGAAACACCCGUGACACGUCGUAAGAAGUGGUUGCAGUGGUACAACGAAAUAUACAACAGCCUUCGCUGCACGCACAAUGUAAAUGCUCUGCUGUUAUACUGGGUGACAGGAAUCGUUAGUUAUGAACUCCGCGAGAUGGAAAGGUGCCUGGCGGGAAUACGUGAGCGUGAAAGGGAGAAAUCAGGGGAACAACAACUGCCACCACAGGGACAGGGCGUUCCCGAUGAAAACGUCACAUUUGAGGGAGAAAAAUCACUUGAGGCAAUCCAACAUGCGAUGGAGCUUCGGAACGUCAUCCGACGGCUUCCAGCCCUGGUGGCAUUUUUCUUCGCAUGGGACAUGAAUUUGGGAGAUACUAGCAAGUUUGAGGAACUUCUUCACAAAGUAAUUAUCGACAACUUUAGCGAGGGGGCUGAACUGUUGCUUUUGGAACAGUUGCUGACGUGGACGCUUCGGUGGUGCCGCCAGCUACAGUGGAAAGGCACCAAUUCAAGCGCCAAACUUCCGCCUCCACUGCGGCAGCAGUUGCAAACCGCCCUGGCAGAUAUUUGUCAACUCAUCAUGCUCUUCAGCUGCGAUGCUCGCACGGCGGAGAGGCGUAUCAUCGUAACUGCACUCCGCAGCGUAGUUGAAGGAUGUGAAAUGUACUUCAAUCGCCAUGCGCUUUUGGCAAUGUUGGAACGCAAGGCGAACAACGUUGAGACACGCCAAGUUUUUGUCCUGGAAAGGUGGCCACAGUAUUGGCUCAGUGAGCUCACAAUAUUAGGUGAUAUCCCCAGCGUGGACAAGGAGUGGGUGAAGGCUAUUAUGUUAAACAUGGCGUUAUUAUGGAACCCAGAAAGUCUCAGCGGUGAAGGCAUGGCAAGUGGCGUGGAGGGCUCCCCAGUUGACGCUGACGAUACGUACCUUUUUCAUUUGCUCUUGCUGACACUUCAACCAAUGUUUGACAACCUCUUUGGUGUUCCUGCUGUUGACAACAAAGAGUUUACACCGAGCACUGCUAACUCGCAGUCAGUAGAGGCUCUUUCAACUGAGCGUACCACUUCCGGCGAAAAAAAGGAUCCGUUGAAACUCCUUUUGGAGGUUGCAGAUGUUAUGGCGUGUAUUGGUUCACCACUGUGCCGUGAUAUUCAUUAUUGGGACUGUAUAGGUGUGGGCCCCCUAUUGACACAAAACGUUGCUAAUGGGAACAAGGACAUUGGUUCCUUUGUAAUGGCAAGUGUGUGCAGAAGGCUGUUGCAGGAACAAAUACCCCUUUCAGUGAACUCCUUCUUGUUGAGUAACGAUGCGCCAAAAAAGCAACUUCAGCGUUUAAUCACGUAUUUGAUCCGUACGGAGCGUGUGUUUGACUGCCUCUGCGGCAUCCAAGCACUCAAAGCUUGCUUACUCGGUACGAGGACCAGCGAUAACGACACUAAAGGCUGUUUCUACUACAUUCUAGAGACAGCACUUGCUAAUCAUCAACACCAGCUGCGCGGUGCCAGCGCGCUUGUUGAAGAACUUCUUUACAAUGUGUACGAGUAUUUGCUCAGAGGCAACGAGACAUCACCGGCAACAGGCAACGGUUCCCUGAGCGGCAAUGAGGACCUCCGAGCGGCACUUCGAAUUAUACAGGGCCUCUCCGGUCGGACUCAAUUGUUCAGUUUCUAUAAGGAAAACCUCGCUAUCCGAUUACUGAGCAUCCUUCAUCCGAAACCUCACGAUAACGCCGUGAGCACUGAGGAACUGCGUCACGAGAGGCUUCAGUUUGAGGGAUCCAUGUGCCGCUAUCUGAUGGAACUAUUUCCCGGCGACCGUGAGGCGGUCCAGCAUAUGGUACAGAUGUGCGAAGAUGUUAAAACGGCCAAUGAGAUGUCGGAGGCUUUUAACCAACAGCAGAUGCAGGAUAUUGGAAAUGCAGCACUCUCCGUCAAACUCACCACAAGCAUUCUUUCACCUCAUGCUUGGCCCGUAUAUCCCAAACUGGAGCGCGUACCAAGGCCAUUGAAGAACACCAUGGACGGCUUCUCCGCGUUCUAUCAGAACCGGCAUUCAACGCGCCGUCUGAUAUGGAUUCGAACCACAUUUGAACGUGUAACCUUUGAUAUCGCAUACCCCCGCGGGAAGAAGCUGGUAACGGGAUCCUUGGAACACUACGAGAUCUUCAACUGCCUUAGCGAGGCUGCGGGCGCGGGCGUUACGUGGGAAAAUUUGGCCAAGGAGGUUGAAUGGGAAACGGCGAAGUUGCAGCAAGAGCUCCGCAAGCCCAUCUUUAACGGAUUGCUGGUGCUUCCACAAGAGGAAGAAGCGAAGGUGGCCGAGAGAGCCGAUACCGCUUCACAGCAAGCUCUCCGUCUCAACCCUGAAUUCACUUCGUCACACACACAUUUCAACCUCCUCCCCGAGCGUUCCCAACGGAAGCAGUUGACGACGUGCACCCGAACGAACGAAAAGGCUGCCAAAGGGUUACAAGAGACACGGAUAGGGGCGAUUCAGGCUGCGGUAAUGCACCGGUUGAAAACAGUACAGCACGGCUCCUACAAGGAUUUAUUUCAGUUCACCCAAGAGUCACUUCGACAUCAUUUUCAACUAAGUGAUGUUGAGUUCAAGGAGGUGUUGAGAAGAUUAAUUGAUAAGGAGUAUAUUGUGCGUGACCAAGAAGACAGGGAGCAGUUUGUUUACAGAGCGUAA